UCCACCCACGAUCAAGGCAUUACAACUGUCAUUGCUCAUCCACUACAUCUUAUCAUUGCUUCAUAUAAUUCACCAUUUUCAUGGCCUCCUUGAUACAGAGAUUUUUGUGCAUAUAUACAGUGAUCUAUCAGAAACUUGAAACCAUCCAUUAUAUUCUUCCAACAGAGCUUAAUUGGUGUCUAUAAGAAUAGAACAUGAUGAAUUCUAGUAAACAGAAUUCUCUUUCCUGCUGCUAUACCAAUAUAUUUGUAAUAGUGUUUCUUUUGUUCUUUACAUUUUCUAGUUCUGAAUUGGCUUCUCAGAAUUUUUCAAGCCUGUUUGAUCAGAAUUACAAUGUGACAUGGGGAGGAUAUCAUGUGAGGUAUUUUGACAAAAGAAGAAUUGUUCAGCUUGUCUUAGAUCAGUCUUCUGGAUCAGGAUUUGUUUCCAAAAACAAGUAUCUGUUUGGAAACUUCACCAUGAAAAUGAAGCUCAUUCAUGGAGAUUCUUCAGGCACAGUGACAGCGUACUAUCUAACAACAGGAGAUAUCUCUGGUCACGAUGAAGUAGACUUUGAGUUUCUUGGGGAUAAGAGUGGAAAAUUCUAUAGACUGCAAACAAAUGUUUUUGUAGAUGGGGAGGGUGAGAGGGAGGAAAGAAUGAGGCUUUGGUUUGAUCCCACUACAGAUUUUCAUGAGUAUUCAAUUCUCUGGGAUCCCAACCAGAUACUAUUCAUGGUGGAUAACAAUCCUAUUCGUGUGUUCAAGAACUUACAGAAGAGCAUAGGAGUUCCAUACCCUUCAAUGAAAUCUAUGCAAGUGGUUGCAAGCCUUUGGAAUGGAGAAGACUGGGCAACAAAUGGUGGAAAAGGAAAAAUAAAAUGGAAAUACUCUCCAUUCCAUGUUUCCUUUGUAGGUUUUGAUAUCCAAGGUUGCAUUCAGAACCAAGAUGAAGCAGCAAACAUCAAUACUACUACCUCUAAUUCAACUUCUUGCACAGGUAAUGGUGACAAUUAUCCUUUGACAGGCCCAUACUCUCCUAAGAAGUUGAUAUUAAAUCAGUCAGAGUCUCUUAAACAUGUGAGGAGAUAUUAUAUUACUUAUUCUUAUUGCUCUGAUAAGAUGAGAUUCAACCAUACUCCUCCGGAAUGCUUUUACAAUAGCUUCUAGACUAGGAUGCAACUUUGAUGUACUUGUAUCUCUACUUAUAUAGUCUUAUUCAACUUUGAUGUACUAGGAUGCAACUUUGAUGUACUUGUAUCUCUACUUAUAUAGUCUUAUUCAACUUUGAUGUA